AUGGCGUCGUCAACGCCAAGUGGCGAUGCCGUCGUGAGCCAGACAAUCGAGUCGGUGCCUGUCGAGAAGCUGGCCGCGCUGGACGUCAAGGAUCCGAUCACCGAGGCUGACACGGAAGCCAAGGCACCUGAGAGCGAGGUACCGCCUCAUCGAUCGCAUGAUCCUGCCAAUAACUUGAAACGGAGUGAUCCCUUCCAGUUUGGCAGCCGGUACUUGAACGAGGGAGACGAUGUCUUUGAGUUCAAUGCCUGGGACCACGUGGAGACUGACGAUGCGUACAAAGAGUAUGCGGAGCAACAGUACGCCAAACAGCGCCAAAACCCCGUCUCUGACUUUGAGAAGAGGAAAUUCAGUGUCGACCCUGCUAGGUGGUGGAAUCUCUUCUACAAGAACAACUCGGCCAACUUCUUCAAGAACCGCAAAUGGCUUCAGCAGGAGUUCCCCGUGCUGGCCGAGGUAACCAAGGAAGAUGCCGGACCCAAGGUCCUCCUCGAGAUUGGCGCAGGUGCCGGUAACACGGCUUUCCCCAUCCUGGCCAAUAAUAAGAACCCGGAACUAAAGAUCCAUGCCUGCGACUACUCCAAGACUGCUGUAGAGGUCAUCCGGAACCAUGAAGAAUACGAUCCCAAGUCGAUCCAGGCCGAUGUUUGGGACGUGACCAGUGACAGCUUACCGCCUGGACUCGAGGAAGGCUCCGUAGACGUCGCCGUGCUGAUUUUCAUCUUCUCUGCUCUCUCUCCCGAUCAGUGGCCAAAGGCCGUGAGCAACGUCCACCGAGUCCUCAAGCCUGGCGGCCUGGUCUGCUUCCGAGAUUAUGGAAGAGGAGAUCUUGCCCAGGUCCGGUUCCGCAAGGGUCGCUAUCUGGACGAAAACUUUUACAUCCGAGGCGACGGAACCCGCGUCUACUUUUUUGACAAGGAUCAGCUGGCCGAUAUCUGGGCAGGCAAGGCCAAGGAGCUUGCUGCACUUCAGCAACCCUCUCCUCUGGCUGCCCCAGCGGCUGAUGGGGUUGAGGAGGCAGAAGAGGCAGAGGCAGAAAUCCCUCUGUUCGAGGUAGAGAACCUUGGUGUUGAUCGACGUCUGCUGGUCAACCGAGCAUCCAAGCUCAAGAUGUAUAGAUGCUGGCUGCAGGGCCGCUUUAGAAAGAAAUAG